AUGGUAAUAUUUAGUUUACCUUACUUUUAUAGUGCGUGAAAAUAAUUGAGAUGAAUUGUUUGGUUUUAAAGGACAAUAGAGCACCGAGAAAAUGAAUUUAUCGAUUAUUUUGUUACUUCUACUCGGUGUUGUCAAAUUAACAACUACCGAAGAAGUCUUAGCCAAUAAUUCCUUACCGAAGUUCGAUCCCUUGGGUCCCCUUGUUAACUGUUCCUAUUUAUCUUGGGAAUUCAUCCACUGUGACGACCCAGUCGACCACAAAGGUAACCAAACCGCUAUGGAAGAGCUGGGUUAUGGUUGCGUAAAAUUUGGUGGCAUGAAGUAUGAAGAUGUGGAAAAGACCAAAGUUUUGUGUAAAGUGUUGGAUAAAAUUGAAUGCUAUGGCGAUAGAACUUUUUUGAGAGACGGGAUCCCUUGCAUUAAAUAUUCCAAUCAUUACUUCACAACCACCCUACUGUAUAGUAUUCUAUUAGGAUUUUUAGGCAUGGACAGGUUUUGUUUGGGUCAGACUGGUACAGCAGUUGGCAAGCUGUUGACUCUCGGUGGGGUGGGAGUGUGGUGGUUGGUGGAUAUAGUAUUGCUGGUAACAAACAAUUUAGUACCUGAGGAUGGUAGUAACUGGAAUCCAUAUGUUUGA